AUCCGCUUUACGGCACCACAGUCCGAUUGACUGCUAACGUCACUGAGUAGCCGGUGUGAACUUAUUAAUGAAAAGCCAUGGAAGACAAGGCACAGAUACAAGAAGCGAUUAAAAGACAAGGGGAAGUCGUCCGGAAGUUAAAGUCAGAGAAGGCGAGCAAAGAUCAGUGCUAGGGUUGCUUACCACUUUUCUCCUGUUCUUCCUGCCUGACCCUCGAUGACUUCGGGCUGCCUCACCCUUCAUCAUCAUCAUCUACCUCGCUUGCCGGUGAAUCCAUCCCUCCUGGACGUCAUUGCCCAACGCACUUCCUGGUUCUACUUCUUGUGAUUGGCUUCCCUUUACGACACCACUGGACAUUGCUGUACCCAUGAUGCACUCCUGAACUUUUGCCUGUCCAAUUCCUGGACUUGUUUUUUCCAUCUUUUUUUCCGUGCUGUGCACUGAUCAUGCUGGGCAUGUUUUGUGUUCGUGUUUUCUCUGGUCUGAUGGGCUUUCGGGCCACACCACGUGUCCGGUCUCUGCAUUCUUUCCCUGGGAUCACUGUGGCUCAGAUCGAUGAAGAGGUUGCCAAACUUCUGCAGCUGAAGGCUCAGAUAGGAGGAGAUGAUGGCAAACAUCAGUUUGUCCUCAAGACGGCAAAGGGAACGAGGGACUACAACCCCAAGCAGAUGGCCAUCAGAGAGAAAGUCUUCAGCACCAUCAUCGGCUGCUUCAAACGCCACGGAGCAGAAACCAUCGACACGCCGGUCUUUGAACUGAAGGAAACGUUGACGGGGAAGUAUGGGGAAGAUUCUAAGCUCAUCUACGACCUGAAGGACCAAGGAGGAGAGCUGCUGUCCCUCAGAUAUGACCUCACUGUACCUUUUGCCCGCUACCUGGCGAUGAACAAGAUAACCAACAUCAAGCGGUACCACAUCGCUAAAGUCUACCGCCGCGACAACCCAGCCAUGACCCGCGGACGCUACCGAGAGUUUUACCAAUGUGACUUUGACAUAGCAGGGCAGUACGACGCCAUGAUUCCAGAUGCUGAGUGUCUGAAGAUUGUCCAUGAAAUCCUCAGUGGGCUGGAUCUCGGAGACUUCCGGAUCAAGGUCAACGACAGACGCAUUCUUGACGGAAUGUUUGCUGUGUGUGGCGUUCCAGAUGACAAGUUCCGCACCAUCUGUUCAACCGUGGAUAAACUGGACAAGAUGCCCUGGGAGGACGUGAGGAAGGAGAUGGUGAAUGAGAAGGGCCUGUCGGAGGAGGCAGCCGACCAGAUCGGGGAGUACGUCAGUUUACAAGGUGGAAUGGACUUAGCAGAGCGCCUCCUUCAGGACCAGAAGAUGUCUCAGAGUAAGCAGGCCUGUGCUGGGCUGUCUGACAUCAAGCUGCUCUUCAGCUACCUGCAGCUCUUCCAGGCCACAGACAAGGUGGUGUUUGACCUCAGUCUGGCUCGGGGUCUGGACUACUACACAGGAAUCAUUUAUGAGGCCGUUCUGACUCAGGCGGGUGUGGCCACGGUGUCCACUGAAGCCCAAAAUGGGGCAGAGGAGAGUGUGAGCGUGGGCAGCGUGGCCGGCGGCGGUCGGUACGAUGGCCUGGUGGGCAUGUUUGACCCCAAGGGUAGGAAAGUGCCGUGUGUGGGCGUCAGUAUCGGCAUCGAAAGGAUCUUCUCCAUCAUGGAGCAGAAGGCCGAGGCCGCAGCAGAGAAGGUCCGUACCACAGAGGUUCAGGUCAUGGUGGCAUCGGCUCAGAAGAACUUGCUGGAGGAAAGACUCCAACUCGUCAGUGAGCUGUGGAAUGCUGGCAUUAAGGCAGAGGUGAUGUACAAGAAGAACCCCAAACUGCUGAGUCAGCUGCAGCACUGCGAGGAGUCUGGGAUCCCCCUGGUGGCCAUACUGGGAGAACAGGAGCUCAAGGAUGGAGUGGUGAAACUCCGCGUAGUGGCCUCCAGAGAAGAGGUGGAUAUCUCCAGAGCAGCGCUAAUAGACGAGAUCCGGAGGAGGACCAGCUGCUAACAGACACUCUGCACAGAACCUCUGGUUCAGAGCAGUGACGCCAACUGGAACAGUGACCAUGAAGAGCUUCUGGAAAGAACGCGCUCAUAAACACCAUCGAGAUGUAUUUGUUGCAGUAAACAUGAAAUGUGUUCUGGAUAAUGUCUCAACGACACGUUCUUGCUUUCAUUGUUUAAUAGUGAGGAACAAAUCAUCGAAGUGAAUGUUUCUUAUUUUCCAUGAAGCUGCUGGACAUCAGUUUAGUCUUUUAAUCAGAUUAAUUAGCUAAAUAUUGUUCUUCAUCUGUUCAGGUCCAAGAUGACAUUUACUUCCUGAACCAUCACGUGAUUUGCUGCAGUUCAAUUAGACACACACUUUUUAUUAUGAGUUAAAGUUCUAUCUGAUUACAAAAUGUCUGAAAUAAACAUAAUUCUGUUCCAAAA